AUGGCCGAACAUCCGGGUGGGAAGUGCCUGACUUGCGGGACGCAGACGAAGAACCGCUGCGCGGCGUGUGGAAAGGCUGGGAUCGACCUCUUCUUUUGCUCGCCGGAAUGUCAGAAGACGCUCUGGGUCGGACACCGACUGUUCUGCGGACGUCACGCCUUCCCGCCGCUCUUUCCCCUCCUCCAGCCAGACGAAUCGCGUCUCGUCCGAACAAAGAUGUACGCGCCGAUCUUGAGAGGAGACGACGGUCCCACCAGCAUCUACGAUGAGUGUCUCGUGCACUGGUACACCCGCCCAGAAGCCGAGCACGCAGUCAGUGCGCUCGUCGAGGGCAGCGCAUACGACCGGGAGCAGCCGGGCGCCCGCGGGACUUCGCACAAUCAGCGGGUCCUCAUCGUCCUUCGCAUGGCUCUCUGCCUCCAAACGACCGAGUCCGAUCGGAACGACAUCCUCUCUGCCCUCUCCGAGAAGUGGUACCGGCUUCUCUGCGAUGGCGUCUUCCCGGUCGACGUGCGGGACACGACACGGGAACAAGCGAUCCUCUUCCACCACAUCGUCGCGGUCGUCACGCUCAUGCGCGUUAACGGGCAGUCUGCCGUGCGGGACAGGGAGAGUGCGAUGCGCGGCUUCCAGUGCCAGUUCAGGAUGAUCGACUACGCCGAGCAGCACAUCUCGGAGGAGGCGUCCGAGAAAGUCUCCGCCAACGUCGCUCCGGCUAUGCAUGGCUUUGGCGGGAUCUUGAGGAAGAUUGUCAACCGCUGA